CUCGGCCCGCAGCGGCUGUACACCCGAGUGGCCGCCGGCGCGCGCGCCUCGCGACGCUGCCCUACUGCCGGCCCCCGAGCGGGCCGUCGCCGCGCGCUCCCGCGCCAGCAUGAGCCCCGUCGGGCGCUGACCGCGCACUCGAGCACCAGCCACGACCAUGGAACAGCAAGUGACGGACGUCAGAUGAUCCGUGCCGCUUCGUGCUGUCGUCGCGUGCGCGACGUCCUCCCCAGUGUCCCGGCUCUGCCGAGCUAUUCUUCGCCAGGUAACAACAACGGGAGAAGGAGAAAGUGAGCGGAGAAGGCAAGGGCAGAGCGGAAGGAGUCGGAAGCCGAAGCGAAAGGAUGUCGUCGUCGCAGGAGACCUGCCUGGCGGCCGAGUCGACGGAGAUCGAUAGCGAGGGCUCGAGCGGCGAGGAGCGCGCCGGCGGCGGGCGCUGCCUGCGUCGCCCGUUCCCCGGCGCCGGCUCCGACGCGGACGGCCUGCCGAAGAAGCGCCGCAAGCAGUCGACCCCCGUCAAGUUCUCCACCUCGCUGAGCCUCGCCAGCGCGGAAUGCGGCGACGAGUCCGAAGAGGACGCCGCGACCGACGAAGGUAAGCCGACGCCGAGUCCGCCGACGAGCAGCACGCACUCGAAGCCGCCCACGCUCAAAGACGAGAACCUCAACAACGAGUUUCGCUGCCAGCUGUGCAGCCAGUUUUCCGAUAGCCGCGCGGCGCUCGAGCUUCAUCUCGAGUGCGACCACCAGGGCGCUUUCGCGCAGCAGCGCGAGUCGAGUCCCGAGCAACCGAUCAGUCCGGUCAACUUGUCGGGCGUGAGUAUUAGGAACUUUGCCGCGACCGCCUGGGGACAACUGCAGCAGCAGCAGCAGCAGCAGCAGCAGCAGCCACAACAGCAGCAGGCCGCCGCGGCGAGAAACAACAACCACUUCUCGGCGAUGCCCUCGUUCCCCUCGCACUUCGCGCAGUUCCUGCCGAUCGCCGGCUUUCCCGUGCCCGACCCCGCGCAGAUCCAGAGAGCGGCCAUGGGCCAGCUGCAGCCGCCAAAGAUAUUCAACCUCGACGCCUACUGCGAGCUCUGUAACAAGGAGUUCUGCAACAAGUACUUUCUGAAGACGCACAAGGCCAACAAGCACGGCAUCUACAGCGAUCCCCCGGCCAGCCAGUCGGGUCAGGGUAGCAACGACGGCGCGCCCUCCAGUCCCUUCAUCGCGACCAGCCCCAUAGCCAACUUGACGGCCAGCGUGAAUCAGCCGCACAGGAUCGAGAACAACGGCGUGCAGAUGCAGCAGCAGCAGCUGGCGCUGGCCUGCGACCUGUGCCCGAAGCGCUUCAAGAACGAAGACUCGCUGAGGAAGCACCAGCGCAAGAUCCACUUCAGUCAGAACAGAGAAGUCGACUCGCCGGCAACGUCGUCGAUCCCCAUGUCGCUGCCGUCGUCAUCGGGCGAGGAGGAGAGGCAGAGCCCCGCCGGCAUCGAGUCGCUCUUCAAGCAGGAAAUCAGCAUAGACCAGGACGAGGCGUCCUACCCCUCGACGCCGGGAGCCUCCACGGUGUCGCCUGCGUCCGCGCCUCAACUCAAGGACUCUCUGGUCAACGGCGACCGGCUGCGGCGCAUCGGCGUCAUGAAUCCCGAGGCGUUCUGCGAGCUCUGCUGCAAGGAGUACUGCAACAAGUACUUCCUUCGUACUCACAAGCUGAAGAGGCACGGCAUCUUCAUUCCGGACGACAAGUCGGCGCCAGCGCCGGGCUCGGCAGCCUCGUGGCACCAAGUGCAGACCAGCCCUCUGAACCUCAUCGUGGACAGCGUCGGCAACGGGUCCGAGUCGGAAGAUCGCGCCGACGAGUGCUCCUGCAAAUCUUGCGGCAUACGAUUCCAGACGCAAGAGCUCCACAACCUGCACAUGGAGAAGAUCCACGACGGCGCAGCGCCAGCGGGACAGCUGUCGCCCAAGCUGGAGCAAGAGGCCGAAGCCGCGGACCGCAGCGACUCCAUUUCCGAGGACCUGCAAAAGCUGCAGACCAUGAUACUGCAACUGAACAACCUGGAGUCCAACAAGGCCGCCUCGUGCGCGCUCUGCGGAAAAGACUACGACUGCCCGGACGCUCUGCGCAGCCACAUGGUACUGGAGCACAAGGUCGUCCCGGAGAACCUGUCCUCGCCGUCGCAGCCCGCGUCGCGGGACAAGUCCUCGCCCGGCGGCGGCGCGAGCAGCUCGACCAGUUGCGCCCUCUGCGAGAAGGAGUACCCGAGUCAGGAGGCUCUGAGGAGGCACGUGGCCGAGGACCACCAGCCGUCCACGCCGACGAGCUCGACGCCGCAGCUCGCGUCCCCUGCGCCCGCCACCCCCAAGUCGGGCAGCUCUCAGCCGCCGGAGCGCAAGCCCGUGGCAAGCAUCACGCCCACCUCGAGCUACUGCGAGAUCUGCAACAAGGAGCUGUGCAACAAGUACUUCAUGAAGACGCACAUGCAAAAAAUGCACGGCAUCGAGAUCGAGAACGGCGCCCAGAUCGGCGGGGUCGUCUGCAACAUCUGCAAGAAGGAGCUCUGUAGCAAGUACUUCCUGCGCGUGCACAAGCAGAACACGCACGGCAUCGUGGAGGAGGGCGCGCCCUCCGUCGGCAAGCAGGACCACUCGGAAUGCUCGUCGAGCGCCGAGGACGUGGCUCUGAGACCCGAGCAGCUGGGCGACGUCAACAUCCGGUACAUCACGCACUUCACGGAGGUUUGCCCGAUCUGCAACCGCCGGUUCCGCAGUCCCAAGUGGCUCAAGGCGCACCUGCAGACCGAGCACGGCGAGGCCGGCCACCUCAAGUGGCGCGAGAUCGAGCAGUACCAGCAGACGGUGCCCAGGACCGGCGGCCGGGCGUCCGGCUCGUCGAAGCAGCACCACCCGAGCGCCACCCUGAGGAUACCCAACGGGUUCGAACCCUCGCCGCAGAUGCGCUCCGACCUGGCGGCCUUAAACAACCAAGUGCUGUCUAACUUCUUCGGCAACUCGACGGACGACCAGCCGGUGCAGACCUACCGCUGCUCGCAGCCGCUGUGCAACUUUUCGACGCAGAUCCUGGCCCUGUUCUUCCUGCACGAGAGGUCGCACAGCCACCAGCAGGAGAGCGCGGCCCUCGAGAGCGAGCGCGCGAUCCAGUGCCCGAUCUGCAGCCAGUCGUUCUCGCAGCUCGAACAGCUGCGCCAGCACGUGGCCAGUCGACAUCCCAGUCCGUUCCCGGGACUGCUGUCUCAGUUCCCCAUCCCUCUGCUCGGCGACUUCGGUCUGGCUGGCGAGCAGCAGCAGCAGCAGCAGCAGCAACAGCAGCACCAGCACCAGCACCACCAUCAGCCGGACAGGAUCGACUACCCGGAGCCCAAGGAAGACGUCCGCCAGGCGAGUCCCCUCCAGACCAAGAGCGAGCUCGAGGCUAGCAAGACGCCCAAGCAGGACGACAGUAACGCCGUGCACGUGAUGCCUCAGGGCGCCUACAAGUGCUUCCAGUGCGGCUUCACCACGGCCAACCUCAAUCGCAUCAAGAAGCACAUCAAGAAGGAUCACAAGAGCCUGGGCGACCCGCAGGAGACGGCCCUGGCCGAGCUCACCAAGACCCUCAAGGACGUGGCGAACAAGCACAAGGUGCCGGCGAGCUACGCCAUGCCCCAGGACACGAGCCUCAGCGGCGACAAGCUCAUCAUGCAGCCGUUCAUGAUCGAGGAGCAGAGUGCCAUCGGCAACAACGGCUGCGGCAACGGCGACGAGAGCCCGAGGCGCUUCGCGCCCGCGCUGGUGUUUCUGCCGGUGAAGGCGAGGCUCGGCAACAGCCUCAGCAUCACCUUCAGCCUGAAUCCCGCCUGAGCCACGGCUCGGGUCCACUCGUAGCACGCGAAGGUUACUGGUUCCUAUGGCUGUCGAGCCGAAGAGGUAACCCGCGCCCCGGCCGACCCUCGCUUUCCCGUCGACGCGAGCCGACGCCGGCGACGGGCUGCUCCCUCGACGGGCUAUCCCUUUCCACCCGACUCGGCCGCGGCCGCGUUGUCUCUCGCGACAGUCUUGUACAUAUUAUAUAUUAUACCUAACUAUAUCUCGUAGAAGCAAAGUAUAUUAAUGCAAAUUGGUGAUGAAACAAAGUUCCUAUUUUCAGCGGGUCUCGCAUGCGAACGAGGCCCAUUAACGAAGCGACGCUACUCCGCGACUUUAUUGCUUGUACAUGACGCUCUCGCUUGUCCUCGAUGCAACGCUCGACGCGUCCCUUUAUUGCUCCCACUCCGUUCGUUCGUUACUGACCUCGCUUUUCUCUUCGUUUCCAGUCGUCGCACUCGGCUCUGCAUACUUACGCCGGUUUUGAUAACGUUGUACCUACGAUGUAAUACGCCACAAACGAAAUACACCGAGGCCUUCUCACUGUCGUUGUUUCAGUACUGAAAUAUAAUCAAAAUAUACAAAAUGCCUUUGCGAAUCACAACUGUGAGAUUAUACGUAUUAUAUAUUUAUAUAGUUUUUAAAGCAUUUGAUACGGAACAAUAUGACAAAUACAGACGAAAAAGAAAAUAAUAGUAAUAAUCAAACCAAAGCAUAGAAUACAAAGUGAACUCAGGGUCGAGAUAGGAUAAAGAAAAGCCCUUGUAAUCAAAAGUACAAUCGUAUUUAUGUACACAGCCAACAGAUCUCUUAUCUAGUAAUUUAAAGCGAACGACAUGUAUUAGAGCGAAUCAAAUUCUUUGUAGCAAGUAUCCAUGUGAAUCAGCGCAACCACAGUCACGCUGCUGCUGCGUGCACGAGAAUCCUCGAAACCAAAGAUUAACGACGUCCUUUUUAUUUAUCAAACAUUGCGAAAUUUUGGCUUAGUUUGGCUAAUCUAGAAAUUGCAAAUGCUAGUCAGCAAGAGAAACGAUACUUUUUACGAUCUAGUCCACGCGAAUCUCGUGCGCAAAGUCGUGUUGUUUGUGCCUUGCAGCUUGAAACGGAGAAUCAAAAAUAGUUAGAUACUGUUCGUAGAUAUAGCUGGACGUAAUGGUCACUGCUUCGAAUCCCUGAAUAACUUUUUUUUCUCAUUGCACGCGUCGAUUAUCCUCGCAAUCUAAAAAGAAUCUACAUGGGAUUCCCCAAUAAAAUCAGUCCUGCGUGAACAUUUUUUUUUCUUUCUGGCCGUCGGCGACACUUUUUGUCAAAAGUAAUAUUCCAGAAAACCUUUUUUUUUUCCUUUCGAAAACGACGUAUCGAGCGAACGAAGGGGAAGAGAGUCGAAAAAAAAAAGCCGUGGUAACGGCUCAAAAUCCAGCGGCAGCUGUCGGUAGAGUGACCGCUCGCCCUAACCUGACCAAAGAAACAUAGUAGUCCCACGUCUAGUGCGCGCGCAUUUCCGAUUUGGGCGCACGCCGCUAACUAGUAGCUUUCAAAAAAUUUCCCUUUUUUCCACCCCUCGCCGAGGCUUUUCAGGCCAAUCGUUAAAAUUAAUUUUAGUCUCGAGUCGUUGACCCCUCAUUGACGCGUCGCCCGCGAUGAAGAUAUUUAUCAUUGCGGCAUUUUGCACUCGCCGAGCGACUCUCAAUUAUCAACUUUUCUCACGGAUUAUUCGAAUGUGGUAUCGCGCGACAAGCGAGUGAUUUAUGCGAGAUGCGCGCGGAGGAACGAAAAACAGACCAAAAUUGGAAUGACGACCUGACACUCGAGCCAGACGCGCGCGACGAUGUCCGUCUGUUUGUGCAUUUGAAGAUUUUUCACUCGGGUGGUGCGCGCAUAAUAGAAUGCUUUUUUAAGAAUGCCCAUCAUUUUUCAAUCAGCCGACGGCGCUCGCUGGGGGCAAUUUCCAUAACUAGACGUUUCUCUUUUUUUUUCUUUUUUUUCACAAAACCGUUCACGCACGUGUUUCACCUUCGGCGCAGGUAAUUCCAUACUUUCUCUUUUUCUGCGCGCGCGUAUAUUCCCCUGCUAGCCGGGCAUUAGAUUAUAGGCGAAAAAGUUGAACGCUACAAAUAAUAGUCAUAAGGUCCGAGAGUUGCGCGUUCAAAUAUUCGUGAAGGUCCGAGGGGGGAAAAAAGUUGGAAGAAAGCUACGGCUUUCGCCCCAUGCGAUGCCAAGCUAAGCGCACAAAUGUAUUCAAAUUCCCCACCUUUGUCUAGGCAGUGAAUCAUUAUAGGAGCCGCUGGCUGGCGGGGUGGCCGGACGUAAGAGCGCCCACCACGAGUCGAAUCGACACGGCGUUUUCCAAAAAUUCGAAAUUAGCAUUCGCUCGAUACGCACGAUAUAUAUCUCUCUGGCCGCAUUCAUUCCACUCUCUCUCUCUCUCUCUCUCUCUCUCUCUCGCGCGCGCGCGCGCAUUAACAUAAAUUCAGUGACACGGGGCUCCGCGACCAUUACGUCCAUUCAGUGUGUCCGCGUGGGGUGCCGGCGCGGACGAGAACGUGCGCAUAGAAAAGUACACAGGCGCGUAUACAUAUGCACGCGCGCGGAGAGAGCGAAGGAAGCGCGAGGGGCGGAAAAGUUGUUGGUGGACGCGCGUGGAAAUCGCGCGCGGCUGCUGCAGACAGGGGCUGCGGGCCAAGGCGAGCAGCGGGCCGAUUGUGCGGAUGCCCCUAUGGCAGUGACAUGCAAAGCGCGUCGCGCAAUUCACAAUGACACCAUUAAGGUCGACGGCUUGGUUGGCAUGACGCGCGCGACAGAAAUCUCGGGGACUCGCGGAAGCGCGAAAGACCGCGUGAGCAUGAUUUAUUGCCUUUGUAUCGACAAAUGAGCGCAAAAUCAAAAUUAACGCCUAACGGUUUUUAGCUGCUAUAUUGAUAUAUAUUAUAUGAUAUAUGGAAUCGGACAGAUAUUAUAUUUAUAAACUAUGUAUACACGCUAUUUAUUAUUAUUAUUAUUAUUAUUAUUAUUAUUAUUGUGCAUUGGAGAGUGAGCGACGUAUCAAAACAACAUGCAACAAAAAUGUACUAUUCAGCAGCGUGAAAUUAUGAUAUAUAUACAUAUAUACACUGUACACGUUUGAGGAGGGAAAUUAAUCUGUAUUAUAAAGAGGAGACAAAUCUAUAUUAUAUUAUACAUUGUCGCGUGGAGUUGAUAGCAACGAGUGCAACUGAUGCGAGCGUGAAUUUUAGCCUUAGACUUGUCUCAAAUGGUAACGUCUAGUCAUCUCAGUUUUCUUGCUUUAAAGCAAAAUCAGCUAUCACCUAAAGCUAGUCAACCAAUCAAACAAAGAUGUGCACUUUCGGGUCCGCUUUAUUUAUUUCAAUUUUAAUUUUAAUUUUAAUUUUAGUUGUCGCUUUUGUAUCUAUAUUUUUUGUCGCUACGAUUAUUUUAUGAUUUCUCAUUAUGUGUGACUUUUGUGUAAUAAACGAAAAGUAAGAAAAAUACGAUUUGCUUUAUUUUGCAUUCGAUUUGGCUUUCUUCGUCAUUGCGUUGGUGUUUGUUCCGCGUGCAUGCUCAUUUUAAAAGUUUUUAAGUUGAUUAAGCUCGCGACGCAGCACGAAACAGAGUACAAAGUGUGUGGGCAAGCGCAGCAAGCGAGCCAAGUGUAUGGGAACGACUGAACGAGGAGAGCCGGCUUUUAGCUGUGGGUGUCGCUUUAUGCCGCAGACUUGUCCAGCGAGCGGCGACGAGACUCGCGGAAGGUCGACGCGCCGCGAUGAGAAUUCGCGUGUACGCGCGAGAGCGAGAAAAAUUGCUCGGCAGUAGGCUCCGACUGACGUCCGUUCGGGUAAAUGACACCGCGCUAUCUCCCCCCACCUUCUCGGCAAACAUACAAAGAGAAAUCGCAUGGGGAAAAGUAGAGAGAGACGGAGAGAUCGAAAGACGCCCGAGUCCGUCGAGGCACCCUCCUCUACCCCCUCCGCCCCGACGGCCGCGCCGUGAACGCCUUCCGCCGCCCUAUAAAAAUCAAUAAUAUCUCACGCUUUCCGAGAGCGCAGAAAUUUGAUAGAGCGUACGUGUGCCUCGCUGUCCGUGGUAAUUAGUGGGCUGCCACCCGCGCCGGGCGACACUCUCUUCGGCGGCCCUCGUACGCGUCAGCCAGCCUCACCGUCUCCGCGAUCAAAUUUCUGCCGGUCAACCAGAUCGGCGCGCGAUCAUUAUUGCCGCGAAUCGACAUAGCUUGCCGCGCGGUUACGUUUCUGCAAAUAGCGUGACGCGCACCGACCAAGUCGGCCGAUCGUUUCGAGUAUCGAAAAUGCGCGGAGAGUGACGCAACGACGGCUCGCGGGAACCGUAAACAAUCUCGAAACGCAAGCGGCGACGAGCGCUCGCAGCUCGAGGGCAAAACUGAAGAUAAAUUAAAAAUAGCGCAGUCGAUUGUCUUGUGGGGAGCUGUCGGCGGGGGGGGGGGGGGUACUCGAUCGAUAGAGCUGACCACGUGAUAUGAUUUCGCUCAAGCGAGCCUAGCCGCAAACAUUCGCGCACACUCGAGAAGGCUCCUCGGUUAUUUAUCGCGCGUCGAGCCAAAGUCGGCGUGGCCCACCCUCCGCCACGUUGUUCAUCGGCCGAUCAUAACGCGCCUCGUCCGUCCUUGCCGCAUGCUCGACGCUCGGCCGGAGGCGCCUCGCUAUUCAAAGCGAAGGAACGACGAGGCGAGCGCGAGCAAACUCGGCCCGGCUGACUCCUCGUCGCCGCUUGGAAAUUUCGUCUCUCGCGAUAAUUUCACCGGAGCUCUGUCUUUUCCUCGCCCCGAUACACACGCGCGCGCGUGCGCGCGUAAUGGCCAGCUCGGUCUGGCCCCUUCCCUUUCGCCACUAUAGAGACGCGAAGCCCUCUCUCACUCUGCCUCCCUUGCACGCGUUUUAUUGCUUUAAGAACAAUGCCGAGCACUUUGUCGCGGCGCGGGCUUUCGACACGCUUUUCAUUUUAGCGCGCGACUCACCCUUUCGCGUCGGCUGGGUUGUUUUUUUUUUGUUGUUUUUUUUUUCACCUCUUCCGUAAGAAUUAUAGGCCGCGAAUUCGCUGAAAAGUGACGAGAAAGCACGUGCGCGCGGAGGGAUGCUCGAAAUUGUGGAAACUCUCGGCGCGCAACCCUUUCAUCCAGCUGAAUAGCCGAAAGGGGGAUCCGACGGAUUUCACCCCAGAAUUUUUCAGCUGCGACGCGCGCGCGCGGAUUUACACAAUAUUUUGGAAAUGCCUCACAAUACCGGCGCAUUGUCGCGCCUGCAACAGAUGGCGCGCGGCCGUAUUACACGCGCGGAAAUUGGGAAAAAAGACGCGAUAUCCCGGCCGAAGGAGGGAGGGACAUUGGCAGAAACGCGUAACAACGGCCGUCGUGAAAUUAGCCGCUCGUGCGGAAGGGUAAACGGAUUUCUAUUUUUCACUGCUUUUUUUUUUGCGCCUAGCUUUCACCUCGACACGCGACGACCAUUUUUUUUCCUCUUUUUUUUUCUACGUGCGCCCUGAUGCUGGGGUGUGUCUACGCACGCGUGCUUUAAAACGAGCAUGAAAACGAGCGUUUUUGUCGUAAAACUCGUGCUCGCGAGGGUAAAUAAACAGAUGCACGUAUACUUUGUGCCACGAGCGGCGAGGGUUGAAAUCGAAUUACGUGGAUUUGUCAGUGGAAUUGAGCGACAUUCGGCCAAAGCGUUUCUCUUCUUAAUGAAUUUUUCAUUCAUUGUUGUAGCCUUGCCUUUGUUCAGCUUUAUACCUUCGUUUCUGUUUUUCUUCUUUUUUGUCUUUUUUUUUUUUUUUUUUUUUUUUGUUUUGUUAAAGUUCUGAGCGAGGGCGAGACUUAUAGCCAAACCACAAAGUUCCUAUCAAACGCGCGAGAGACGUUAAUUAUUAUAGAUUCGUGUUGUGCUCGUGAUGAGUUUCUAUAGUUAAAUUGUCACACAUUCGUAGAGAUACAUGGAAUUACAGAGAGAAAGAGAAAGAAAGAACAGUACAUAUAUGCGUAUAGUUUUUAUUCGAUUUUUGAAUGACAUUUGAUAAACCCAGUUAGAAAGAAUGAAAAGAAAGAAACCGGACCAAAUCUCAGUGUUUGUACUACAAUACACGACGACUUAUAGAUAACGAAAAUUUACGUCACGCGUUGCGCACAACAAAUGGAGCCUCGAACAAGAAACAUGAUAAUUAAACUCUAAGGCAGUUGAGGCAUUUAAAAUAAAGCAGAUGCUGCGUUAGCGAGAUGAGCAGCAGACUAUAUUUAUGUAAGAAGUGUACAUUUUAAGGAGCACAAAUCAAAAGUUGACUUAAGAAAGAACAGAUUACUAUCAUUAUUAUAUGUAUACAUAUUAUAUAAAACGAAAUCUGAACCCGAAGAUGCAAGUACACGAGUCAUUUGGAGAAUUGCAUAAGACCUAGAAUGAUAUUUAUAACGAUACGGUAAUUGAAAUCGAGCUAGACAUUUGGAGAAAAAAUAAGGAGACACCGAUAAAAAGGGGAUAACUAUGAUGAGCGCUCAAGGAAUUGACUCGUGCGUAUAGGGCAAAUUUCGUAAUUCAGGGUCAUUUUAUGUAAAAUUUCCGCAGUGCGCACGUGCCGCGCUGCGAGGAUAUAUUUAUACAGUGAGGUAAAUAAAUAAAUUGCUCACAAAGUGAAUACUAAGUACAACGUCGAUGACGCGGAUGGAGUUCUGAAAAAAGAAAAAAAAAAAACAAGUCGGUGAUUGCGACGUCGAUAGCGAAUUAAAGUUUAAGUCUUAUUCGUAUUUAUAUACACAUAUUGGUGAACUGGAAUACGUAAAACACGUUCGUGUAAUGUAUAUAUAUACACAUGCAAGUGGACGAGUCAAAAAUAAAAACACUUUUCCAACGUCACGCGCAACCCAGAAUCAUCGUAUUAAUAGAAGUUCAAUUACGAGCGCGCCAUCUUUUGUAUCCACACGACGGGCAUCUAAUUUUUCUAUCCAUCGUUUUUACAUGAUAUCAGCAAAUUAUUGUCAUAUUUCAAUCAUAACAUGUGAUAGACGAGGCAUAUUGAAAUAUUAAACUUGACGUUGAGGGAAGAAUUUUCUUUUUUGUAGAAUACGUGGCCAAACCGAGGUAAACUGCAAGAACGUGAAUACUAUUAAAAGAUAAUAGAGAAAAUCGAAUGUUCCUAAUAAAAUGCUUUCAAAAUAAUUAAUAUUCUUACUUAUAUUAUAGGAUUUACGAUAAAUGUUACACAAUGCUCGAUUGUACCUAAAUGUUUAUUUCUGAUACUUCUUAAGAGACGAUAGGUAUUUGGCAUUCAUGCCAAACAUUAAUUCGAAUUGUAACAACUGGAGUGAGUGCAAUCUGCAAGUUUACAUUGAUAUGGAAAUUGAUGGUCGACAUUUUUUGGUUCAUUGGCUAAUGAAAAUUUUAUGUACUCAAAAAGGACGAUAAAUAAAAAAUUCAUGAAUGAAAUUAUAAAGCAACUGAAAUUUUAUUGACUUUUGGGUAGUUUAGAGAAUUAAGGAAAAAUGAGAGAUAGGACUUAAGGUAACAAAAUCAAAAUCUUGCGAAUCAAAAUUAAUCCAUAAGUAUAUAUAAAUUUUAGGACCUUGUAAUUGUCGGUGAUUAUAUUGUUCGUUAGCGUGAAGCGCGAUUCUAUUCUGCAGACCUCGAAGCUUCUAUUUAAAUGAUUUUGUCCCAGGAACAAUAAUGUUGUAAUUCUCUUUGGUAAUUAUGUUGUUGAAUGAAAAUUGUCUUCUACGGCACAACUAAAAACUGCUACGAAUGACUCAUUAUCAUUAUUAUUGUCAUCGAGUAGACGAAUCUACGACUGUAUUUUAACGAACGAGCGUCAAGUUAUAUGGAAAAACAUUUGUACAAGUAGGCUCGUCGCCAAUGCAUUUGUAUGAUGAGAUCUAUAUUAAAAAGAAAUAAAAUAAUAAUAUUAAAAAGGUCUACGUUAUUUCCUCUCAACGUCUUCAAUAAUCUUAUAAUCCAUAAGACUUUAAAACAUGCGAUGAUUCAUCAUUCCAACACUUUACU